GGGUAGAAUCAUGGCUUUCCUUUCGUUUCUAACCAAGGGCCAGACAAUCUUCCAAAAUUGGACUUUCCUUUCCAAUAUGUCCAAGAUAUACCAAGCAUCUGCAGAAUGGUGGAAAAGCGGAGAACACAGUGAAGAUCUACCUGGUGAAUUUGUCCCAGUUCAUGGUCUACUUCAGGGACACUCCUCCAUGUACGUCCAGGGUUCCAAGAAGAGAAGUGUUUGCCGUGAUUCGUGCUAUCUCAGAGUGUAUUGCCAGCCUGGCUCCAUGUGUAGUCAUGCGUCAGAUAAGUGUAAAGAAAAAGAAGUUGAGCAGAACAAUCUCCAAACAUCAGCUUCACCUCUGUAAAGUCCAGGCCAGGAGACGCAUCCCUAAACUUCUUGACGGACUGUCUGAGGACCCCAACCCGGAGGCGCGAAGAAUGUUUUUUGGCUAUCUAAGUGUUUAGCUAGCAAGCCUGUAUGGACACCGCACCGGUGUUCUAAAGAAUAUGACUGUGUCAGAGGUUGAUGAAGCCCAGCAGGAAGCCACCGUCGGGCAAGCGGGCUUUGUGAUCAAUGUGAAGGAACACAAAACCAACCGUGCGUUUGGCCCCGCACAGCUCUACUUAACUGUAGAGGAAUUCUCAUGGGUGGAGCAGUGGAUGAUCAUCAGACAGAAACUAAACCCACCCACAGACCUUCUUCUCUUCACCGAAAACUUCACAAAAAUCGAGAAACUCAUCGUGCCAAUGCAAGCCGCCUGGCUUGACAUGGGAUUUCCUGGGCGCCCUACAUUCACAGAUUUCCGGACAUCAAUAGCCACAUACGCAAGGAAUACUUUGUCACCAAGUGACCGGAUCAACAUUUCAAAGACCAUGUGUCAUGACACACGGACAGCAGACAAAUUCUACGCGCUCCACCGCACCGCGUCAGAGCUGGCUGAGAUCCGUCAGAAUUUCGAGGCAGCCGUCAAGCCACCACAUACUACGGUACAUGACACCGCCGAACCUUCCCUCCUCUCCAUGUCAGAAUCAUCAGGUGAUGGUCUUGAGGAGGAAGCGGACUGCGGGCCUUCACACAGCCCCCCUGCCGGUCCUUCGCACAGCCCCCCAGCCGGUCCUUCGCCGUCCUCACCAACAUCCAGUCGGGCCACUGGAUCAACAAGCCCUGAUCAAGCUUCUGGGAGCUGCUACAGUCCAGGCAGCGCCUCUUCUCAAAGCUGUUCUUCUGGGAGCGACUUCACGCCUGAUAGCGCCUCUUCUCAAAGCUGUUCUUCUGGGAGCGACUUCACGCCUGAUAGCGACCCUUCUCAGAGCGAUUCUUCGUAUGCCCCAAAUAGAGGGACACAACCCAGAAGGAAAAGACCAUUGUUAACCUACACGUUGAGAAGUAGACGUCAAGUGCGCGGUCAAUGUGCACGUGUGCUCAGAUCCAAACGAAAUACAGUAAAAAAAUAAAAAAAAUUAAAUAAAUCAGUGGUGAUGUGACUGUAUUUGCUUUCUUUAAGAUAUUUCUCCAUUCAUUAUUCCUGGCAAAUAAAAUAAAAACUAAAA